GCCCAGGAACUCUAGGCUGCCAAAGAGUGUCUCUCAUCCAAUGGCAAAGUGAUUUAUUUUGUGAAAACCAUCUAAUACAAUUGAAGUUGUGAACUUUCUACAAAGAGAUAUUAAUGUUCAAAUUCAAGCACAUACAAUUUCGCGGCAUUUGAAAAGAAAAAAAAUAUACAAAAAAAUUGUGUUUCAAAAUGUGUUCAGAACGUGUUAAGGCAGCGAUCUUGCUGCUGCUACUGGCUAUAAUGAGCAGUUAUAUAACACAGGGUGAAAAGCUUACAGCAGCGGCGGAUGAAGGUCCACUCUCAGAGGUGCAGACAGCCGUGGGUCUCGAGGUGGCGCUGCCAUGUGACCUCAUGCCCGGCACAAUGAUGGCCGAUAAGGUGCAAUUGGUCAUUUGGUAUCGACAGGGCAACAUCAAGCCAGUUUAUACCUUCGAUGUACGCGGUCGGGCCCUACAGCAAGGCAUCCCUUGGGCGGAUGAGAAUGUCUUCAAGAAGAAAGCCCACUUUUACUACGAUACAAAUCCGCCAGCGUUGCGCAUCAAAAAUAUACAAACAAGCGAUGCGGGUCUCUAUAAGUGUCGGGUGGACUUUCAUAAAUCACCGACACGCUACUGGCGCAUUAAUGUAACAGUAUUAGUGCCACCCACUCAAUUGACGAUACUGGAUCACCAUGGCGCUGCGAUACGCGAACAAAUGGCCGGUCCCUACUUGGAAGGCGACAGCAUUAAUCUGACGUGCCUGUCCAGUGGUGGUGUCCCGCCGCCGCGCGUCUCCUGGUGGCGUGAACAUGCGCUCGUCGACGAUUCAUUUCAUGUCCUGCCAGAUGGCACCGUUCGCAAUGUACUACACUUGAAAAAUAUUGGAAGAAAGGACUUACUAACG